UACAAUGUUUCCGGUGUAAUUAUUAUUUCUAUAGUACAAAUGAUGAUUUAUAUUAACAAAAGAAUUGAAGAAAAAAUUUUGUUCUUUCAAAAUGCAGUGUAAUAAAUAACGUUAUUGUUGAUUGUAAGGAAAUGCAAAACGAAGUGCCUCCGUUACCUAUAGUACGUUCUGACGGACAUAAACGAUCUUCUAGAACAUUGACUAAGGAAUUUAGGUCUGAUUCACUGACAGAGAAAAUAAAUCAUUCACAAUGCAAGAGCAUACGAUUUCUUCAAUCAAAUCGAAAACAAUUAAAACCAAUUGGAGGACCAUACAAAAACAAUUUGAGAGCUCAUGGUGUACCAGAGUCUACCAGGAUGUCAAACAAAAAUUCCGGCAUUGGCCAGAGAAUUAUUUCUGCCAAAACGUUACGGGUGAAGGAGCUACAGAAUCAACUCACUGAUGCUCAUUAUCAUUUAAAUGAAUUGGCCAAUGAAAAUAAACUGUUAAGAGCACUCCAAAAAAGGCAAGACUCUGCAUUGAAACGUUAUGAAGGCACUAAUGCUGAGCUACCAAGAAUUAUUAAUUCUCAUCAUGAAGAGUUGAAAGUUAUUAACAUGAAAUAUAAACAGCUAAAAGCUCAACAUAGGUAUACUUGUGAUUUGUUAAAAGAAAAAGAAAAUGAAAUUCAUUCAUUGCAGUCACAAAAUAAACAUCUACUACGACUUAGUAAAGACCAACACUUGGAAGAAAGAGAAAAAUUGCAAAUGCAAGUGUCAGAUUUGAAUCAUCAGAUACAACAACAGCAUGAAACCAUUCAGAUCUUAAAUAGAAAAUUAACACUGGAAAGUAAAAGACUAAAACAUCAAAUUACAACUGAAGUUGCUAAGCAUAAGGAAACGAAGAAAAAAUUACAAGAAGCUUUGGAAAAGUUGAAAAAUGCUGAACAAAUGUUGGCAAGCAAAGAAAAACAAAUAUAUAAUGGUCGACUACCCGCAUUUAACAGGCGGAAGAAAAUUACUAGUCAAUCUUUAACGAAUCUUCAAGAUAAUAGUUUUACUUCAAACUUCAUCAAGCCUUCCAAUAGUAGUAAAGAUUUUCAAUAUGAGAUGACAAAAAAUAGUUUGCCAAAGUUACCAGGAAGUGAUCCAGAUGAGUCUAGGAUAACGAUACCAAAGCCUAAUUCAUCAGAAAAUUCCAGACGAAGUGAAACAAUGACAAGCCUAGAACAAAUAAGGAAUUUCCGAUUACCAAAAUCAGGUCACAGUCGACGUAGUUCAAUAAGUGGACGAAGUAGUCAUGAAAGAGCUCAAGAAUUAGAUACUAAAUUGGAUUAUCAAUCGAAUUUUAUUGCCAAAAGUUCACGUUCGAGUUCAUUACAUAAUUUCAAUAAUAAUGCUGAUACACAGGAUUCCGAAGAAGAUGAAGAAAUAAAAAAUAUUACCCAGGGUCUUGCGAAAAAAACAAUCGAUGCUAAAUAUCAUAUACCUAAUGAAUUAAGGAGAGAAGCUGGUUAUCCAUUUAGUGAUAAUGAUACUGAUGAUGAAGAAAUUAAAGAAGAAAAGUUGAUUACUCCAACUAGCAGAUCAAGAAGUUUGCAUGCAAAACUAAUUAACGGAUAUAUUAGCUCGCCAAAUACAGCUGAAGAGAAUGUCAGCUCUCGGCUAAAAGAACCAAAAGAAGAAAUGAAAAAUUACCCAAGUAUUAUAAAUAAUAAAAGAAUUAGUGGUUUAGUUAAAGACAAUCUCAAUACUGAUAAUGGUUGUGAUGAUAAAGUAGCUGAUGUAGAAUCUGAAGAAAUAGAAGAAGAAAUUCAAAUAAAUAAUGAAACUGAUGCUUGUAAUAUCACUUCUCCAAAGUCUGACAUUGUAGUCAAAGAUACAAAAAAGAAUAACAAUGAAGAUGUACUAACAGAAUCAAAGUCGUGGACAGUAUUACAAGAUAAAAAUAGAGAAGAACGAAAGUUGGAUGAUUUAUUAUUUGAUUUCCAAACUAUUGAUCUCAAUAAUAAGCCUACGAAUAGUGACUCAUUGAGCAUAAUUAAUGAUAAUGAUGAACUUAUGCAGUAUUUCGAUAAAAAUAGGCAUACUGAUGUUGAAGAUAAACGAUCGGAUGGUAAACAAUCCCAGCAAAUUAAUCUAUCAAAACCAGUUUGUAAUGGAGAUUGGAAGAUUGAAGAAAAUAAUUCAAAUGAAGCAGUUGAUGGAUCGAAUGAAUGUAGAGAUGUUAAAGAAGAUCAAGAGCCAAAAUCUAGAAGAUCUGGAAGAAGAGAAAAGGCUAGUAAUUCACCGAAACAAGAUUCAGCAAAUGGAACACAAGCUUCUGAUCAAAAAAUCUCCAAUUUUAAUAAACAAAAAUUAUUAGCUGCCAUCAAAGCUAUAGAUGAUAAUGAGAAUAUUGAGUACCUCCCGAAGAAGAAAAGCUUAGAAUCUGCUUCAAGAUCACAAGUAACUGAAAAUCUUUAUCGUGGAUUGCCAACUCAUGCGAAAAAAAGAGAAGAUAUUAUUAAGGAUAUCUUUGGACCUACAAAAGUAGAGACUAAAUUACAAAGUGGUUGUAGUAAACUACAUUGA